GAUUUAUAUCUAUAUUAUAUAUAUAUUUAUAUAUUUUCUUUCGGUCUAUAUCUCUCUACUCAGUUGUAUUGACUUUAUAUGGCCAUGAAUAGUAGUGGGAUCACACAGUCCACAGUGUCCCCCUGUGUCUCUUCUUAAAUGUAAAAACAUAUAUAUUAUUAUAUUAUAUUAUAUAUAUAUAUAACAUAUAUAAACAGAGGGACAGGAUUUAUGUGAGGUCCUGUACAAUUUAGACUCAGCACUAUUGCAUUUUUGAUGAAGACUAUGAGAGCUAAUAGCAUAACGUUAUAACUGUCUACACCAUGAUUCCCAAACUUUCUGGCUUGUCUCCCUUUAAGACAAAGCAAUGUCUACUUUUCACCCCUCAUCACAUAUCUCAACAUAUAACUACUGGUUGUAACAUACAGACUUUUGUAACCAGUUCAAUUAAAACACCCCCCUCCCUUUUACUUUAUCUCUAUGAGUCUUAAGAGGUAUGAAUCAGCCAGUUAUAUGCAAGAAGGAUUGCAAAUUGUAGAAGACAAACUGAAAAAGUACAUUUUUGGCAUCAGAAUCUUUUUCUCUUGUCUAUCCUGUUAAUCAUCUCAAUCAACAUUAACGCUAAAAAACAGCCCCUGCUGUUCAGCAAUGCCUCUUUUUCGGGCUGUGGGUAAAUGUGGGGCGAAGGCUCAGCCCGGGCGAAGGAGGAUGAGGAAUACGGAGUGGAUGGGGGGCUGCGGGAAGACAGAUGAGGAUGGCUGUGUCCUGUCCUUGACACGGCUGUGUCUGCUGAGCCUUGCUGACAACAUGAAGGAAGUGUGGGUGAAAGACUAUGCCGACAAGUACCUGGAUCAUUACUCCUUCAGACACAUCAUGGGGCCUUUCAACUUACUGCCGGGUGAGCUGGUUGAGGAGCUGACUUUGCUGCUAUGCACCAGAAAGCAGUUGUCCCGGGCAGCCCUCCACCUCCUACUGGUCCCCCAACUCCGUGGCCUGUCUCUGGAAAGGUGUUCUAGUCUGGUGUCCUCUGCUCUCUGUUUCUACAUUGCUGCACGUUGCCAGGGUCUAUGGAGUCUGGACCUAUCUGGGGCCCAGCAGCUGCCUUCAAAGGCCCUGUCUGAAACGCUCUGCCGUCUACCUGCCCUGCGCUCGCUCUCCCUUGCUGGUACACCUUGUGACAGAUGUGUAAUCAGGACAAUUGCCCAUUGCUGUCCUUUGUUGCGCCAUCUGGACGUAUCCCGCUGUCAUUUGCUUUCCCCUGCUGCACUACUUCCUCUUGGAGGUAGGACUUCAAUUACAUCCUCUGGCCCUCCGUCUAAGUCAUCUUCUCGCUGCGCCUCUACAUCCCAAGCUUUUGUUCCCCCUUCUUGCUCUGCACCCCUGUCUCCUCCCCCCCUGAGCAGUCUGCUGGCUCUGGAUAUUGGCUUUGGGGAACAAGAGGGAGACCGUGUGGCGGCAGCAGCCUACCUCCUCCUCUCCCUGCCCUGCCUAGAGAGAGUGGCCUUGGAGGGCCUAGCGCAGGCCUGCUAUCUCAUCCAGCACAGGGAGUUCGACCAGACAGAGGGGUUCACCGACAGAGAAGGAGCUCCCAGGCUGGUGGAGGUGUGGAAGGAGUGGAGGCGCAGGCAGAGCAUGGACAGUUGGAGGAAAAAGAGAGAAGGAGCAGCAGCAGAGGACGAAGAUGAGGAGAAGGAGGAGGAGAGGAUUUUGUGGGAGGGGUGUCGCAGUGAGAGUGAGGAAGAUGCAAGUAUUGAUGAAGGGCCAAGUGGCUCUCACAACCAAGCAGAAGAAAAAAGGAGUGGCAUAGUUUCAUCACAGUCGGGAGAUGAACGCCUGAUCCUGCGCCUAAAGGACGUCAAGUGCUUAACAUGUGACUCUCUGGACAGUCUAAGUCAUUUAUGUCCAAACAUCCACUUCAUAUCUGUGAAUGUUGAUGAUUAUGAAGAUGCUAGAGGAAGAAGUCUAGGGUCUCUGUUAGCUGCAGGCCUCCAGACAUGGUCAGGCCAGCUGCGGAGCUUCUCAAUACACUACCCAGGCCCUCUGGUGGACCUCCUUCCUGCUUUGCAGGUUGCAGGCUCCUCCUUGAUCUCCCUCACCCUGGAAGGGAUGAAAACCAGCCCUCACACCCCUCUACUGGAGGUCAUCAAGGCCUGUCCCAGACUCAGAGACCUGUUCAUCUCUGCUGAGCCUCCCACCACGCCACAGGAAGAAGAAGACGAUGAGGGUCAGCGGGAUGAUCUGGAUCUUCCACGGUUGCCCAACCUCUGCUCUCUAACACUCAAAUUCUCCUACGAGCACAGCCAAAUGAAGCCUGUCAUAUCCUGGAUGUCUUUGAAGAGGGUGCUCAAGUGUCUCCUGACCGGUUCUCCUUUACUGGAGAAGCUCUCACUCGUCUCCCUGCCGUGCCCUCUGAACUGCGUUUUAAAGGAUGUGCUAGGCGUAGUGGACUCUGACCUGUAUCUCUUUGCAGAUUCCACAGACUUACCCCCCACGCCACUUGGACGGGUACAACACAUUGAGCUGCAGCGGACAGAUGUAAAGAUGAUGACAGUGAAAAGUAUAAUGCAACAGAGCAAAAGGCUCAAAUAUGUAGAUGUGAGUUACUGCUGGCAAAUCAGUCAGCUUGACUGGUUGGACUGCGAAACAUACAGUAAAGUCCACAUUGUCUGGUUGUGAUAAAGAGACGGGCAGCGUCCAAUACAGGAGCAACACUGCUGACAGUGGAUAAAUAAGGCUUUAAUGAUUCAAAAAAUAAAAAUAUGCACAUUUUUUCCUUUGCAUUAAGAUAUCCGCUUGAAUGACAUCAACUCUAAAACUUGUUAUUUACUAACUAAAACAAUGAUUGAUUGCCCCAAAACAUGGGGCUUAUUCAUACACUGUAGUGCCUUGAAUGAAUUAAAAAAUGUAUCUUCUGUAUGGCAUUUUAAAUAAAUCCUUUGACUAUCA